GGAAGCAGAGAGCCGGAAGUGGGGUUGGACAGGUUAUUCCCCGGGGUGGGGAAGCGGAGGCCCAGGAAGAGGGGAAAAAAGAAGGUGGAGGAUCCUGGCUGCUAUUCUGAGCCCGAUACCGAUUGUCUUGACCCCAGAGACACAGAGAAAGGGAAGGGUGUCUCCUCCCCCUUCUUCCCCUCCUCCCUCUCCUCAGCCUUAGCCAUGGCCGAGGCAGGGGCCGGGCUGAGUGAGACCGUCACUGAGACAACGGUUACCGUGACAACCGAGCCCGAGAACCGGAGCCUGACCAUCAAGCUUCGGAAACGGAAGCCAGAGAAAAAGGUAGAAUGGACGAGUGACACUGUGGACAACGAACACAUGGGCCGCCGCUCAUCAAAAUGCUGCUGUAUUUACGAGAAACCUCGGGCCUUUGGCGAGAGCUCCACGGAGAGUGAUGAGGAGGAAGAGGAGGGCUGUGGUCAUACACACUGUGUACGGGGCCACCGCAAAGGACGGCGUCGUGCAACCCCAGGACCGAGCCCCACCACCCCUCCCCAGCCUCCUGACCCCUCCCAGCCCCCUCCAGGGCCAAUGCAGCACUAAAUUCCUCUCUCCCCCACCAUUCCUGUGUCUGUCUGGCCCUGAAUGUAUUCAUGUGGCUCCCUGGGGACUAAACCCCUGGUUUGAUCCCUCCUCCGGUCCCCUCCUCCCCUCCCCUCUGCCUGAUGGAAGGAAGAGGGAGACGAGGGUAGACAGAGAUCCUGGAAUUCUGACUUGCUGCUAUUCCAGAACCCAGAUUUCUGGGUUCCCCCAGCCCUCAUUUCUCCUUCCAGUACUCAUCCUCUGUUCUGCAGGGAUC